AUGGAAAAAGAACCAACUUACCCAUCGCUUCGACAGUCUAUAAUCGUUACGAUCAGCCUUUGCCUCACCCUAUUCUGUGUGUCAUUAGACGAAACGGUGCUCGCUACUGCUAUACCAAAAAUCACUAACCAAUUUCAUUCUUUAAACGAUGUCGGGUGGUACGGAAGUUCGUAUCUCUUCGUGUUCACGGCGGCUCAGAUGCCGUGGGGGAAAUUGUACACGAUGUACCCGGCGAAGUGGGUUUUUCUCAUAGGAGUGGCGAUAUUCGAGAUCGGAUCCCUCAUUUGCGGAAUAGCUCCCACGUCGGGCGCUCUGAUCGCGGGCCGUAGCAUCUCAGGAUUGGGGGCCGGUAGCAUCAAUGCCGGUGCUAUUGUGAUUGUCACCAAUACCAUUCCUCUGCGGAAACGGCCUAUUUAUAUAGGAUGUCUGGGCUGUGUGCAUGGGGUGGUCAGCGUCUUAGGACCCUUGAUCGGUGGCUUGCUGACGGACCAUGCCUCGUGGCGGUGGUGUUUCUAUAUCAACCUCCCUAUAGGCGCGAUCACCUUCCUUGUGGUAAUCUUUUUUCUGUCUACUGAGGAACCGCCGUCUGGAUAUCUCAGCUGGCGGGAGAAAUUGCAGACUAUGGAUCUGCUGGGACUGUUGUUCCUUGUUCCUGCGAUUCUCACGCUUUUGCUGGCUCUCGAAUGGGGGGGUUCGCAUUACGCCUGGAACAGUUGGAGGGUUAUCAUGCUCUUUGUCCUGUCCGGGUUAUUGCUGGUCAUCUUUAUGGGUGUUCAAAUCCGUGCUCAAGAUAAAGCCACGCUCCCCCCUCGCCUGGUUUGCAAUCGGAACAUGCUGGGUGUUCUCUGGUACGCGGCCUUCAACUGUGCGGCGCUAUUCGUCUUCAUCUAUUAUCUACCCAUUUGGUUCCAAGCUAUCAAGGGAUUCUCCGCAUCAAAGUCCGGUAUCGCAACCUUACCUCUCCAGUUAGGGCUGGUCAUCGCCUCCUUGGCUGGGGGCAUCCUCGUCUCCCUGGUCGGGUACUAUACUCCCUUCCUGAUUGUGUCCUCGGCGAUGUCGGCAGUUGGAGCCGGCCUACUAAGUAUGCUACAUCCAUCAUCCAGCCUAGCUCAGAUUCUGGGGUUCCAGAUAGUGCUGAGUGUCGGCCUCGGCCUGGGAGCCCAGAAUAUAAUGAUCAUACCAGCGGUGAUUUUCUCAUCCACCGAUGUAGUGAUGGCCAUUGCGACCAUUUGCUUCGUGCAAACACUGGCCAGCUCGGUCGCGGUAACCAUCGGACAGAGCGUCUUUCACAACCGUCUCCUGGAGAAUCUGCGUGUCAGCGCCCCGUCCGCCGACCGCUCCCUCGUUGAAGAGGGCGCGACGCUGCUCCGAGAGAACAUUGCGCCUGAUCUUCUCCCGUCGGUCUUGGGGGCAUACAGCCGAGCGGUCUCUCAGACCUUUUAUGCUGGCGUGGCUAUGUGCGCCCUGUCUUUUUUUGGCUCUCUCGUCCUGCAAUGGAAGCGAGUCCCUGAUCAGAAGCCGGAGGAGGAAACGAGCGAUACCGUUCCCCUGAAGCCUGUCCCUGGAGGCGAGGAAGGAAAAUAA